GAUUGAUCGGGACAGAUAAGGAGACUCCCUUUAAAAGGAAAACAGGUGAUUGUUUGCAUCAAGUUCGUAGGAAAGACUCAACAAAACCUAAAGGAAUCAUCGUGUCCACGGAGAAGGCGCAGGAUCAUGAGUGGCUGUCCCUUCCGAGAAAGAUAUGCAUUUCCUUCAGAAGCGCAGGAAAGCUAUGACGCAUCACAAGAUGGAACAAACAAAGCAAGUAAAGAUGAAUUGAUAUAUGGGGACUACCUCCAGUUGGAUAAAAUAAUCAACGCACAAGAAUUACAGAGCGAAAAGAAAGGAAACAAAAUACAUGAUGAACAUCUGUUUAUUAUAACCCACCAAGCUUAUGAAUUGUGGUUCAAGCAGAUUCUUUGGGAAUUGGAUUCAGUGCGUGAAAUAUUUCAGAAUGGUCAGGUAAGAAAUGAGAGAAAUAUGUUGAAAGUGGUUUCAAGAAUUCAUCGAAUUGCAAUGAUACUUAAACUCCUGCUGGACCAGUUUUCAGUUAUGGAAACAAUGACGUCUUUGGAUUUCUAUGAUUUCAGAAAAUAUUUAGUACCUGCAUCUGGAUUUCAGAGCCUGCAAUUUCGCCUUCUGGAGAAUAAGAUUGGAGUUCCUGAGAAUCUGCGAGUUCCGUACAACAGAAAACACUACAGGGACUUCUUCAAAGGGAAGGAGAAUGAGUUACUACUUCGAUCUGAGCAGGAACCUACGCUCUUGCUGCUAGUUGAGCAAUGGCUAGAGAGAACUCCUGGACUUGAGCCAGAUGGGUUUGAUUUCUGGGGCAAAUUGAAAAUCAACAUUGACAGAGGACUGAGAGACGAAUUUACACAUAUUCAGUCAAAGCCGGCAUUUGAGGAGAAGGAAGAUAUGCUAUUGGAACUUAAUAAACGCAAGGAAGUGCUCACAUCAAUGUUUGAUGUAAGACGUCAUGAACAUUUGUUGAGUAAAGGUGAACGGAGAAUAUCUUACAAGGCAUUGCAGGGGGCUCUCAUGAUCUACUUCUACAGAGAAGAACCACGUUUCCAGGUGCCAUUCCAGUUACUGAAUUCCCUCAUGGACAUUGAUGCACUUAUGACUAAAUGGAGAUAUAACCAUGUUUGUAUGGUGCAAAGGAUGAUUGGUGGCAAAGCUGGCACAGGUGGAUCAUCUGGCUAUCAAUAUCUACGUUCUACCAUGAGUGACCGGUACAAGGUAUUUGUUGACCUGUUUAAUCUCGCAACCUUCUUGGUCCCAAGACAUUGGAUUCCAAAGCUGACAUCGUCCAUCCACAAAUUCCUGUACACUGCCGAGUGUUGUGAUAGCUCCUACUUCAGCAGUGAAGAAUCUGAUUAAAGUCAAAAUCAGCUCAAUGUUUUACAUGGAAUAUAAUUCAGAAAGUAAAGUACACAAUGUUUAGAAGCUUUUAUUGUCUCCUUGAUCUAAAACCAAAAUCGCAAAAACUUGGCUAUCAUAACAGAGAAAGAUUUUGGGGGUAGACACAAAGUGCUGGAGUAACUCAGUGGGAGAGGCAACAUCCCUGGAGAGAAGGAAUGGGUGAUGUUUCGGGUCAAGAUCCUUCUUCAGACAAAGACUUUGGGGGUAUAUAUUGGAUCGCAUGAUAGUGAAAUGCAAGUGAUAACAAAGUGAGAGUCCAUUUUAUGUCUUCAUUGAUUAUUACUUCUGUGUAUUAUAGAAUGUGAUCAAUGUGCUCUGUUCAAUUAUCUAGCUCAAUGCCAAUAGAUGAAACUGCUUUCUUGAAACGUUUCACGAAUAUUCAUAUAACCAUAUUUAUAUUAUACAUUGUGUUGAAUAUAUAAAUAUUUUAAUUCCUUAAUUGAUGCGCAUUCUUAAUUUAAGAUAUUAUAUUUCAAAAAAUGUAUUCUAAAAGAUGAUAUUUCUUUUGAAAAUUAAUGGAUAAACCUUUUUACAAAUGUUCUUGUAAAUAUAUCCGAUAUAGGUUUUAUCAAAAUGUUUUCUUUUUGAUUAAAAUAUUAAUUUAGUAUUCGGUGUAUUCGUAUUAGGUAAUCUAGUACGACUAAAGUAUUAAGUCAUUCCUAUCCUCUACAUAAACUGAAAUAAAAGUACCCUAAGGUUUAAUAAUAAUUAUUAAGUUGGGCAACAUAAAGAAAAAAUAAUUUAAUAUUUUAAAAUGUAUUGAAUUUACUUUUCAGGUGUUGCUGAAAUUCUGGUUUAAUAUUGAUUAUCCAAUGUCUUGUCUGUUAUUCUGCCUCCGUAUCACGCAAACCACAAUUCACCAUGUUCUCAUGUCAGUGAAACUUCUCAUCUAGUUUUGUACAGCUCCUCUGGCUCCCCAUUUCUCAUCACAUCGAUUCUACAAUCACCUGUCCUUGCUCGCUCCACCAGAACUUAGUUUAGAGAUAGAGUGGAAACAGGCCCUUCGAGUCCAUGCCGACCAGCAAUCAUCCCGUACACGAGCACUAUGCUGCACACAAUUUACAGUUAUGCCAAGCCAAUUAACCUACAAACCAGAGCACCCGUAGGUCAUGGGGAGAACGAACAAACUCCGUACAGGCAGCACCCCGUAGCCAGGAUCGAACCCGGGUCUCUGCCACUGUAAGCACUGUAAGGCAGCAACUCUACCGCUGUGCCACCGUGCUGCCCUUCAUUCUGACACAAAGCCUACCGCAAUAUCCACCUUCUUCAUGACGCCUAACCCAUCCCAGAUAGCUACUUUUAGCUGCCUUGUGGAACUCACUCUUUAGUAAUCUACGAAAAGACAAUGCUUUCUUGCAAAUUAAAUCAUUUAAAUUCCCUAUUCCAAUUUUCCUAUCCAUGUGCUCUUCUGAACAUCAGUAGGAAUGCAAAUUGCAUUAUUGUAAACAAAACUGAAAUGUGUUCAAACUAAUGUGAUAUUUUGUUGAACCAAUUGAAAUAUUUAAGUUGGUAUUAUAAAUGAACUCAAACGUAUAAAUAUGUUAUUUUAAAUCAA